CACUGUCCGAAAUUAGAAAUAAGAAGUGGCGGAAACUGAUUGGCAUAUAGAUUUGUUUCUCCCUCACUUCCAUUUCUUUUUUUUCUCCUUUAUUUUAGUUCCCUUUUUUCAUUUCUUUUUUCUAUUUCUUUCUUUAUUUCCUCUUUACUUUUUUAAAAAUGGCAACUACACAAGAUAACCAUCCACCUAUUGUCCUUUCUCAGCAAUCAUCAUUACUUUAUACCUUAUUAAACAGAAUCAUGUUACCUAUCGAUCCAGCCAUGACGACCGAUUUGACUCCGACAUUGGAUUUUAUGCUACUCUUUCCAACCACUGCAACGACAGCCCCCUUUAAGCCUAUUGUUAAAGAUGAUGUCUUCUUGGCUGAGCCAUGGAUAGAUCAUGAUGAUAAUGCCUCUCUUAGUAGUCACUCUUCUUUGAAAUCACCUUGCUUAUCUCCUGUUACAUCACCUACUAAUUUCUUGUAUAACCAUGAACCUCUAUUUGAUGGAAUUGAAGAUCAACUGUUUAUCAAAGAAGAAGAAAAAGAACAUGAUGAUCAACAAGUGAUACCCACAAAAGAACCAAGCCAAAGAAUGGAUAGAUUACUGCUAAUCAAUAAUAGUAAUGAACAAGAUACAGAAUGUGAUCAUCACUGGUUUAAUAUCUUUGAUACAUUUCAUACCCAUACUACAAGCGAGCCUCAUAAACGUAAGCGUACAGAUAACAAUAGUAUCGAUUGGCUAGAAAAGCCUUGUCAACAAAAGCGUAGAAAGAAGAUAUAUAAAAAGACACAAUUCCUAACCAGAAAAAAGUCUAUUUCCGGAUUCCACAUGAAUGAUCAAUAUAAACAAGAUUGUCAGGUGGUUGAACCUAUCGAAGGAGAACACCGUAAAACUAUGUUUCAACAGUUAACAGAGUCAGGUAUUGACUGGUGUAGAUAUUGCGGCACGACAGAGGGCGUCAAUUGGCGACCAGGACCAUGGGGCAAGCGUACACUUUGCAAUAAACAUGGCUGCGACUACAAAGGAUAUGGAUUAGCCAGUCGUCUGCCUAGACUUGACUUGUCUAAAUUUCAACAUGAAAAUAUCUACGAGAGACAACGUCCCGUGGUUCAGCUAUUUUGCAAUAUUUGUCAUUCUCCUGAAGAAGAUGAAGAUAAUAAACUCGUUAUGUGCGAUGGUGGUUGUUCUCGUGCAUACCAUCAACAAUGUUAUUCACCCGUGAUCGAACCAUGUCCUACAAUGUAUUGGUAUUGUAACGCAACAUGCAAAGAGAAUCGUCAAAGAAACAAAGUUGUGGUUGAAUUACCUCGUAAACACGCACCCUUGAUGCACUUAUUGUCAACUUCAAGGAUAAAAAAAUAAAUUGCUGUAAUAUGUAAAUAAUAAUAAUCAUAAUAAAAAUGUCAAAAAGUAUUUCUCUCUCUCUUUUAUUUUU